AUGAUGCAGGGAGUGGUGGCAUCUGGGAUUGCCUUCGCUGUACAGAUAUGGUGCAUAGAUAAAGGUGGCCCCGUCUUCGUCGCAGUCUACCAGCCCGUCCAGACACUCGUCGUGGCUAUCACCUCUUCCCUUCUCUUGGGAGAGGAGUUCUACUUGGGCGGGAUAAUUGGUGCAGUGCUGAUCAUAUUCGGAUUGUAUUUGGUGCUUUGGGGGAAGAGCGAAGAGAAGAAGUUUGCAGAGAUCCAAUGCCGCGCGGAGCACAACACCAGCAGAGCCACCCCGCAGAUCAGGCCAUCCAUCACCCAGCCACUCCUCUCGCAGUCAACGGAGAAUGUUUGACUAUGGAUAAAAUAGGAAAAUCAUGUUCGGCUAUAUUUAAUUUAAUAUGAAAAAUGGUUUGAUUUUCAUCUUCCUAUAAGUUAGGAACAAAAAAAGUUGGGAAGAAAAAGGAAGAAGGUUUUGGGGGUAUGUUGAUUGUAAUGAUUUUGAUUUUGUGAAAUGGGAUGUACUAAGAUGGAUGUCCGUUGUGUUUUUAUAUACUAGUACCAAGUUUUAAUGGUGUUUGAUUAGACAAGGUA